AUGAAUCAUUCCGAUCACAAUCAAGUUUCUGUCGACAAACCUUCACAGGGGCCGUACACAAGUCCACCACCAAUUGGAUAUCCGACCAGAGAUGCGGUGGUUGGUGAUCCUCCGGUAGCCGCUGUGGAGACGAAGUCCAAGGGCGAUGGGUUCUUGAAAGGAUGUUGUGCUGCGAUAUGCUGCUGUUGUGUUCUGGACGCAUGCUUCUAA